CGGUUGGGCCUAAAAGUAGCCUCUCCCAGUCUGCUGUAGUACUCGGGCUUUGUAAAUUCACUUAGCUAAUUGAUUUCAGCAUGUCUUCCUCUAGGCAUCACGUUGUUCGCCAUCAUGUGAUGACACUGGUCUCAAGCCUACUUGUUAACCAGAACCGAGGGCAUCACUACCCGAAGGAGAGGGCCGAGACGCUAUAGAUUAACAAAAAGGCGACCCUAUAACCUGCAACUGCGUGUUUUUUUUAGUCUCAACUAUGACCACGCCUGCCUUCUCAAAAUGAGUUUUGCUGUGAUGCCGGUAGCUUUAAGAAAAACGUAGGUCGAGCAUCUUUAUUUUCCCGCCGCCGAAAGUUAAAGAGGAAAUAUUUAACGAAAGAUUCAUAAAUGGCUGAAGAAGUUUUAAUAACGCCACCAGGGAAAAUAACGUCGUUCCUCAGACCCAUGGAUUCCUCCAAACUAAAGGCCAUAGAAGAGAUGAAUGAGAGCCCAACACACCUGACCUCAUCUCUGUUGGCAGUAGCGUUCCUCACCUCAUUUGGGAGCUCCAUGCUCUAUGGCUACAACCUGGCAGUGGUCAACUCCCCUGCAGUGUACAUUAAGGACUUCUACAACAGGACGUCAGUGAGCCGUAAUGGUACGGGGCUGGAUGGGGAGGCUCUGACCCUCAUGUACUCUCUCACCGUGUCUGUCUUUGCCAUUGGGGGUCUACUGGGAUCCCUCAUGGUGGGCAUGCUUGUCACCAGGUUCGGCAGGAAAGGCACAGUGGUGAACUCAACGGUAUUGGUGUUCAUCGCUGGAUCUCUCAUGGGCUUCAGCAGGAUCUGUGGCUCUCCAGAGAUGGUCAUCUUUGGCCGCUUCGUCACAGGGAUCCACUCAGGUAUCUCUCUGAGCGUGGUGCCCAUGUACCUGGGGGAGAUAGCUCCUAAGAACCUGCGUGGUUUCCUGGGGCUCGUGCCCAGCCUCUUCAUUUGUGCUGGGGUCUUCUCGGCCCAGAUCCUGGGUCUACACGAAAUUCUGGGGAAGGAGGAUCACUGGCCCCUGUUUCUCUCUCUGGUGGUGAUACCCACCUUCAUUCAGCUGAUGCUGUUGCCAUGGUUUCCGGAGAGCCCACGAUACCUGCUGAUUGAGAAGCACAAUGUCCACGCCACCAUUAUAGCGUUGAAGUGGUACCGGGCCAAGUGUAACAUCCAGUCAGAGAUCGAGGAGAUGCAGGAGGAGCAGCGCUCUCUGUCGUCGGUGGAGACGGUGUCGGUAUGGCGACUGAUACUGGACCCUUUGGUGCGCUGGCAGCUGCUCAGUGUGGUGGUCAUCAAUAUCGGCAUGCAGCUCUCCGGUAUAGACGCUCUCUGGUUCUAUACCAAUGACAUCUUUAGGAACGCGGGCAUCCCAGACCCAGAGAUCCAGUACACUACGGUGGGUACAGGAGCCAUCGAGAUCAUUGCUGGCCUCAUCGGGUGUUUUACCAUAGAGAAACUAGGCAGGAGGCCUCUCAUCAUCGGGGGGUUUCUAGUCAUGGGAUUCUGCUGUGCUGGGAUCACUCUCUCCCUCGUUCUACAGGUUCACUUACCAUUCAUGCGUUAUGUCAGUGUUGGAUGCGUGGUCGGUAUCAUCGCUGGUUUCUGCAUUGGGCCAGCGGGUGUUCCUUUCCUGAUAACGGCAGAGCUGUUUAAACAGUCUCACCGCCCAGCAGCCUACACUGUGGGAGGAUCCCUCAACUGGAUUUCCAACUUCACAGUCGGCUUCGUCUUCCCCUUCCUACAGAUGUCCGCUGGGUCCUACUGCUACCUGGUGUUCUGCUGCGUGUGUCUGGCGGUGGCGGCCUUUGUGUUCUUCGUCAUCCCUGAGACCAAGAACAAGACGUUCGUGGAGAUCAGCCAGAUGUUCGCCUCCAAGGAGGCGGUGCCAGAGACCCAGGGCCUGGGCCAUCCCGACCAGCUCAAACUGAGGAAGAUGAACGGAUACGGAACCCUGGAGAAUGGAUCGCUGGAGUUUGACAGCUCCUCCUCCGUCCCCUGAUUAGUGUCUCUGAGAGAGAGGCUGGCUGCAUUCCAAAACUCAGAAGUAGCUUUUUUUCCCUUCAGUAUGACCAUUGAUAGGUAAAAAGCUGGAUUGGCUGCCACAAAAAAAAUCAUGGGAGGAGCAGGAUACAAUAUCACGUCGUACUGAUUUACUUUCAGAUUAACCUGUGAUUUUGAGAUCAUGCAGUUACAGAGACAUGCACACAUACUGUAGGCACACGUAAAUAUACUGCACAUAUGCUUUCUUUUUGCCUUUUACCUUCCUAUUCCAAAUCAGGCCUUUGCUAUUUUGCAGUCAUUUAAAGGGUGUCUGGGUUAUGUCAAGACUGACAGAUCUGUACAUUUUUCAGAAGGGUGUAGCUUGAUGUGUUUUAUACAUACUGUAUGGUUUUAUCAAAAGCCAGAGUUUAUUUUCUAAUAUAUAACUGUAUUUGAACUGUGUACAUUCAAAUAUUUUAUCAAAGUAAUAAUAUGCAAAGCUUUAUGAUGUUUAUGAUCAAUUAUAUACUUGUUUUCAGAGCAAUCCUUUUUAUUGUCUAAUAAAUCUCAGGAGAGACAUUCA